GGGAGCCGCGAUGCCUUUCUCCAGCUCCAGCGCGGACGAUGCCUUCGACUACCUCUUCAAGAUCAUCCUGAUCGGGGACUCCAACGUGGGGAAGACCUGCGUGGUGCACCGCUUCAAGACGGGGCAGUACAACGAGAAGCAGCAGAACACCAUCGGCGUGGACUUCACUGUGCGCUCGAUGGACAUCGACGGCAAGAAAGUGAAGAUCCAAGUGUGGGACACAGCUGGUCAAGAACGCUUCCGGACAAUAACCCAGUCUUACUACAGGAGCGCCCAUGGGGCCAUCCUUGCCUAUGACCUCACUAGGAGAUCCACGUUUGAAUCCAUUCCUCACUGGAUUCACGAAAUUGAAAAGUAUGGCGCUGCAAACUUGGUCAUGAUGUUAAUUGGGAACAAAUCGGAUUCACUGGAUAAGCGCCAAGUCCUGUUUGAAGAUGCCUGCACGCUAGCAGAGAAGCACGGGCUCUUGGCUGUCCUGGAGACAUCGGCAAAAGAAGCUCAGAACAUAGAAGAGGUGUUCGUGUUAAUGGCUAAGGAGCUAAUAGCCCGAAACACCUUACAACUUCACGGAGAAAACCCUCCAAACAGCAUCUAUCUUGAUUCCAGGCCAGUGAUUGCCAGCCCAAGUGUGGAGAAGACCCAGUGCCUCUGCUGAAGAGAAAUUUCAGGAAGAACUUGGAAGCUGUCAUUCUUCUGAGGCUGUUUAACGUUAUUCAGUUGAUGAAAGUGUGCUAGGUGGUCUCAAGCCACCUCUUGAUAUCUCUGCCUUGCAGUUUGGCUUGUAAGUACCUUCUGAGAUCGUUGUUGCUGUUGGUAGCACAGGUUGCUUUGAACAUGGCAGCUGAUACUUUCACACAAACUUCUGAGCUGAGAGGACUCGGGAAGCUGCCAGCCCUUGCCUUAACCAAAGAGAACUGUAAAAAUUAUUGCCUUAUAAUUAUAUCCUUUAAACGAUUUUCUGGCUGUGUCAGAAGAUAAGUUUGCACCAGAGC